AAAUGGAGUUCUCAAGCUUUUUGCUUUCUCUCAUACUCUUUCUUUUGAACCUUUCUCUUCUUGUUUUAUCUAAUCGUACUAACCACGACGACUUUCUUAGUUGUCUUUCUCGCAAAAUAAAUGAAAACACCUUCGAGACCAAAAUCACACACACUUCCAAAGAUUCAUCAUUUUCCUCCAUUUUAGCGUCUUCCAUACAAAAUCCGAGAUUCUCGGUUCCCGAAACACCUAAACCGGUUUCAAUCAUCACACCGGUUCAAGCCACUGAUGUUCAAACCACGUUGAGAACAGGACCGGUUGAGUCCAAAGCAGAGAUGGAGAAUUGUACUAUGAGAUUGGUAAAACUACCAAAUCUCUUGCUUUCCCGGCCGGUACUCACCCAACCGUCAGCGUCGGAGGACAUUUUAGCGGUGGAGGUUACGUCUGAUAACGUGAUUGAUGCACUUCUGGUUGAUGCCCGUGGGAGGAUUCUUGACCGACAAGCAAUGGGAGAGGAGUAUUUUUGGGCGACUCGUGGAGGUGGCGGAUCGAGCUUUGCCGUUGUAUUGUCGUGGAAGAUUAGAUUAGUCGAUGUUUCAUCGAUGGCAACGGUCUUAAAAGUCGAGAAAACAUCGGAGAGUGAGGCUGUUCCGAUGAUCAAUAAGUGGCAGUAUGUUGCUGAUAAUGUUCCUAACAAUCUUUACAUCAGGGCAACUUUGGAGAGAUCAAACAAUAACGCGGUGCAGACUUCAUUCAGUGGAAAUUAUAUUGGUCCGGUGAACGAUCUAUUGGCCUUGAUGGAAGAUAAGUUUCCAUUACUAGGUCUUAGGGUUCAAGACUGUACGGAAAUGAGUUGGAUCGAGUCUGUUCUCUGGUUUGCCAAUUCCCCUAAUGGAGAAACUCUUGCUGCUCUUGCGAAUCAGUAUCUUUCAAGGGCCGCAGUUCAAGAGCUGUGGAGGCGAGUAGAAGCGCCCAAGGCUCGUCUUGCAAAGAUCCUUUUAACUCCAUUUGGUGUGAAAAUGAGUGAAAUCGCAGAGCACGAAACACCAUUCCCUCAUCGUGAAGGGAAUCUUUAUCAGAUUCAGUAUAUGGCUUAUUGGAGACAAGAAGAAGAUAAAGACAAAAGGGAGACAAAGAAGUAUCUGAAAUGGGUCGAGAACGUUUACCAUUUUAUGACUCCUUAUGUUUUGAAAUCUCCAAGAGGAGCUUAUGUCAAUUUCAUGGACCAUAAUUCGGGAAUGUAUACUAGGAAGGAGAAGACAAAGUACGAGGAAGGAAAGAGUUGGGGAGUGAAGUACUUCAAGAACAACUUCGAGAGAUUGGUGAGAGUGAAAUCGAGUGUUGAUCCAACAUAUUUCUUUUGCCAGGAACAAAGCAUUCCACCGUUGAAAUCCGCCGGCCAUUUC